UUCGUUUGCGUCAUAAGUCAGUCUUGUGACGUCACGGACCUGCUUGUCCUGCUUGACAGCAACAGUUGCUCCUUGCAAGCGGCGGAAAGGAAUCGUGAGCCAGCCAGCCUCCUCCCGGCAGCGGCAGGAUGGAUGAAAUACUCUCCUCCGAGGACAAGAAGAAACAUAAUUUCUACACCCUGCUGGGAUGUGACCCAAGCUCCUCCGUGGAGCAGAUCCAGGCUGAGUACAAGGUGUUGGCACUGCAGCAUCACCCUGACAAGAAUCCUGAUGACGCACAGGCCGAGGCAAGGUUUCAGGAGUUGCAGGUUGCUAAGGAAACACUAACAGACCCGGAGAAGAGAGCCCAGUAUGACCGAUGGCUCAACAGUGGCAUUGCUGUCAGCUAUGAGAAAUGGUGUGCUAUGAAGGGACACAUGACAACAACUCUGCACUGGGCUGCCCCAAACACCAAGGACAGGAUGCUGGGACCAGCUGGCACAUCCCAAGGCCCCCAUCCCCAUUCUCACCAUCACCCUAAGCCAGGGGGCAGGAGGAGCUCUGAGCAGGGCCUUCUGUAUGGCCGAAACCAGGAUGAGGUCAACAUAUCAUGGCCUACAGGACAGUGGGAGCGCGAUUCCUCUGAUGUUAUAAGAAAAUUUAGAAAUUAUGAGAUUUAAAAAAUCAUAAUGAAUUUGUUUCUGUGUGACCAAUUGAUUUCCUAGAUGUGACCAGCUUAACAUUGGAUAUAAAUUUUGCUUGUGUAACAUACAGUAAAGUUAAGAUUGUAUGUGCAAUCAUGCUUCCAUAUAAAUUCAUAUUAUUUGAUGUUACAUUUAUAAAUUUUGAGAUCAAAUACAUUUUACAUGUUUCAGAGAUUACAGGGUUUAAUAUGUGUCAUGUUAUAAGACGCUUCUAUGCUAUACUGUGCUAUGCAUGAUAUUUCAAGUAUAAUAUUUUAGAAUAUGAAUCUGAAUCUCCCUCCUAAGUAAAGACAUGAAGUUGGGAUCACACUGGUAUGUUUCAUUAUGAAUUCUAUGAAGUGUCAAGCAUUGCUGACCUUGGGAGCAGUUCAUUGACCGGACAAUGAUUGUCUUGCUUUUGUUGCUUAGAGAGACUGCUGUUCAGCAGACAGUAAACACAGAAUGUCAUGUGGAAUGCUAACAUAUCAUCACGCCUGAAUGUGAUAUGACUAUUGCAUGUCAUUAGUGACCUCUUAGCUUGAUACUUGCAAUACUUUGUGAUAUUUGUACCAUGGACAGGCUGGACAAUUUGAUUUGUUCUGUUCAAUGAAUUAUGUUCAGUAUGAUGCCAACUUCGUAUGGCUAUGUACAUAUUAUAUUACAUUAUGACCAAUGCAAAGUCUUCCUUAAAAUUUUCAGUGUAUAAAAUACUAAUAGCCUGUGUUCUCAGUUUAUGAUUAGAAAUUUGUUAUUGUAAUUAGUGAUGCACUGAUUCAUUAUUUUUACAUUAGCAGUAUUUUUUUUAAAAAGGCAAAUAACAUGCAGAAAAAUAGUACUGAGAAGAUAAUAUCCCAGGGACAACUUCAUACAGCUGUUUUCUGUUGUACAUCACUAUGUUUGGAGACAAAGUAUGAAAGAAGAUUCCAUACUUUAUCAGGCAUUGUUAACAUUUAGAUAAUCUGAUGCCAACAAAAACCAGUACAGUAAUUAUAAUAUUCAGGAGCAGAAAUGCUGCUUGUAUUGUGGCUCCCAGGAGAGCUGAACAACAAACCUAUAAAUUAUUUAUUACAGUGUGAACAAGCAUUCAUAUAAAGCACUCAUAUCAAUGUAAACCUGUCUAUUUAUCUAUUUGUUUUAAUGCCUGUUCCUUGGAACUCCUCCAAUGGGGUGGCCAUGAAAGAAGAUCUCCCAUUGUUCCUCUCCAAACACUUGCACUUGUAAUGAUAUGAAAAAUAAUUUUUAUGUUAAUACAGGACAUUGUUGGUGUCAUAUAUGAAAUGCUUCAUAAUUUUGAUAGAUAUUAAAGAGAAACACUAUAAAUGUAUUUUUAUAAGGAAUUGUAUGAGAAAAUGUGGGAAACAUGUUGAACUACAAUCUUGAGAUGGCACUUACAUGCACCACAAAGACAUUAGAGGCCUGAUGGUGAGUGGUAGUGUGUUAGCACAGGUGUACUACUGUCUAGCAGGAAAAUAUUUUUGCAGUACAGUUAGGAUAGGGAGUGGUUGUUCCUAUCAGUACAUUCCAGGAAACCAUUAGUGUAAAAUGGAUGCAGCAAGUAACUGAAAUAGUAUAUAAUUAUAGUGUAUUUAUCUAAAUUUAUUUUUAUAAAGUAUAUAUAAAAGUUUUAUGUUAUGUAAAUUAGCACAGCAUACAGAUAUUAUUUAUAAUGCAUCUAGUGAUUGAAGUAGUACAUAAUUAUAUUGUAUAUUUAUGGAAAUUUAUUUUUAUAAAGCAUGUAUAAAAAGUUUUGUGUUACAUUGUGAAUUAGUACAGCAUAGAUAUUGUUCACAUAUCUUGUUUUGUUCCAGCUUUAUAUGUGGCAUGGUAAAUUUGUUUAUAUUGUAAAGUUUUAUGUGUGCAAAUACAAGUUAAAUCAAAGAACUAAGCUACUUUACAUGUGAUAAUUAGAAUAUUGAUGCUGUAUUAAUGGAAGCUAUGAACUGGAUUUAUAUAUUUAUUGUGAUGCAUGACUCAGCGUAAGAUGAUUCCAGCCAAACGUGUUUGAUGUCCGUUACUUAGGAAACUACUGUAUUGUAAUUUUUGGUUAUAUAUUAAUUUGCUCUGGAAGCAUAACUGUUACCACAUAAUCUAUGCACAACAAAUAUUGGUUAGCACAUAGCUCAUGUGUUUACUUAAUGUUAGUAAGAAAAAUUAGCCUAUAUCAAUUCAAGUCUUAUUUAUUAGCACAUUGUGUAUAGCAGCAUCUUUUCUGUGCUAUCUGGGUCUUUGGCCCUAUUAUUUUGUUGUGAAAUAUCAUAAUUGAGCUCUCCAUGUGAACAGUGAGUGUGCAGUACAUGGUGUGUCCACACAGGAUUAUUCACGGUUGUUUGGUGUUUUUUAAGUUUUUAGACUCAAGAUACUGAGAUGUUACUGUACAUCUCACCCACAUCAUACAUGCAUUCAGUGUUUAUAGUUAUGUAUACAUGUAUGUGUAUAUGUUAGCAGAUAUUUGUUCAGUGUUAGGUUUCCAGUGUAAAAGUUAUUAUUAGCUCUUGUAUGUAGUUUGUUUCUCACUGUUUUCUUGUACUGAGUGUACCAAUUAGUAAAAUAACAUAGUGGCAUGGCAUCACAAGAAGUAUGUUAUUGGAAUUCAAAUUCAUGUUUUAAAAUCAAUACCUAGAGCUGUUGCACAGGUCUGGUCUCUGUUUUUAUUCUUAAAAAUUUUGUGUGUCAUGUCAUUGUAGGACAUACUAUGCCUACACUUGGAUGUUGCAUGACAGGGUAAUGACUGAAAAAACAAGUAAAACACAAUUAGGUUUAAGUAAAUGUAGAAAUAUAAUUUUGCAGUCAUCAAAAAUGAAUUAGCACAUACAUGUAUUAUAUUCUCAAUUAAAGGCAUUUUUUAUAAAUGCCUGGAAAAAGAAAACAAUUGGAUGUUUAGGAACUAUCAAGUUGAUAAAGCUAAUGCUUUACUAUGUGUGCCAUAUUUAAGACAAGCAAACUAAGAUAAGCAAUUUGUCAUGUGCCAAUAAUGUGAAGAUGAGUCUUCCACUGCUGAUAUCUGAUCACAGGAGAUGGGGUGAGCAAGAACUAAAGAUUCUGUUAUGUUGUUGUAGUGCCUUCUUUGGCACUGAAAAAUGCAAAGCAUUCCAUGCGUAACACUUCAGAAAAUUAUUAUCAGAAGAAAAAUUAUGUUGGCUUCAGAUUCUUUGUUAUUUUUCUGUACUCAUGAUGAACUAAAUUUCUUGUUUUCAUAUUUAUUGCUCUCUUAUUUAUUUAUUUAUUUUUUUUAUCUUUUUCAGUUAUUAUUAUUAUUUUUUUUUUUACCAUUUUAUUGAUGUUAAUUCAUUCAGAUGCUUGUGUCAUGUUUGCUCAUGACAUAACCAAGAAGAAAACAAGCUUGCUAUUUCAUGCACUUAGAAAAAAUGCCUUUAUGUAUGUACUACACACAUCUCAUGCAAUAAGCAGUGACUGCUGGUAAUACUAUGCAUAAGUUGCUUCUAUACCUCAGUUGAUCUGCAAUUUCUUAUCCUGUGGUCAGUGAGGCAGCUUCAUAAUAGUGCCAAAUCAGGCCAGUGAAGCUCCUCCACACACAGGUACAAGUCCCACACUGUGAACCAGAUCAAACGCCCAAACUCCUCUGCAGCCCGGGUGUAAUUAGACAUACCUCGUGUAUCUUUGACCUUUACCAAAACCCUGUUGCCAAAACAUGUCAUUCUGCACCACUCUUAAAGGUCAUGUAUUGUACUGUUCAGGUUUACUGUUUUGUGCACUAUGGCACAUUAUUUGUUGCAUUAAGCAUCAACACGAAUCCUUCACCUCACUCUGGUGGUUUAGUCAUUUACUUUUUUUUUAACCGAAUCUUCAUCCAUGAAGGACCAAAGUGAAGGAGGAAAUUUGUUUGGUUAUGGAUUAGAGAAAUUCAGAGGAGGUUUAAGCUCGAUAGACUUACUGCCAUAUCUAGUCCUGUUGGCUUAUUGAUGUUCUUUAUGUUCUAAUAUUCUUUGAGAAUUUUCAUAAGGAGAAAGGAAGAUGCAGGAAAACUAAAUAUGAAUGUCUUACUUUGAAGGGUUUUUUUUUCUUAAACUUUGAGUUAUAUUGAUUGCUUUCUUAAUAUUUUCUUUGACAUGCAUGCUAGAGAAAGGAUUAUACUACAUUAUGGAUUGAAGAAUGUAUUGCCACAACACUUGGUUCUGACUUAACCUGCAUACUACAAAUGAUUGAUACUUCAGGUCUUUGUCUUUCAUCUGCAGUAUUAUAAGUGUAAUAUUUAAGUGAUACUGUAUAAUUGACAUUGUAACGUGAAACACCAAACUGAAUCUUCAUGCAUUAUAGUUUAAUAAAUGUUGUGUAUCAUCUGUU